UACAAUUUCAAACAGGAAUGAUAAGCAUUUUACACAUUUAUUUUAUUUGACUUUUAUUGAAUACUGUGUUAAUUUUGCUGGUUGGGCAGAUUUUUAAUAAAAUAUAUUAAGAAAAUAAAAUAGAUAAUAAUGUCAAAAGAUAUCAUUAUACUUAUUCCUAAUGGUAGGCGAAUAAAAAUACAUUGUACGCCGGAUACGAGCUUUUUACAGGUCUUAGAAGAUGUAUGUGAGAAACAGGGAUAUGAGGCCAGUGAAUAUAACUUAAAACACCAUAAUAACAUAGUUGACUUGACUAGUACUAUAAGAUUCUGCAACAUCCCAAAUAAAGCAACACUGGAGAUGGUUGAAGCUGACAAAAAGAGAGUUGAAGCUAAUGUUACAGUGGGUCUUUUAUUAGAUGAUGGUGAAAGGAGAACAGCUGAAUUUGCUCCUAAUACCAAUUUAUUUGAUCUGGUAAUGUCUCUUGCUAGCAAUGAAUUAACGACUAUGAAAAAUCCAACCAUCAUGUAUAUGAGGCAAGAAGUAAUUGGAAUUUCAGCUCUGAAGGAAAAAAGUCUAAGACAAUUAGGAUUAAUAGCGGGUAGAGCAGUGCUUCGUUUCCUGGAUAAAACAGAAACAUCACAAGCCAAUGUAUCAUCUGUUUAUCGUGCCAAACCAGAAAAAGCUAAAAGAGAAGAUGUGACCACAGAGGAGCCUAUGAUUAAAAAUAUCCAAGAACAUUCAGGUACAAGUAGGGAGAGUCAACAAUUAAAUGAACACAAAGCACCUAAAGACAAAGACAUAAAACCAAUUGAUCCAGUGAAACUGUACAAGUCUAUAAAAAUGCAGCAACAGCAAAAAAUCAUUACAAAAAAUGAUAAUAAAUCCGAUAAAAAUAGUAGUGAAAAAAUCGCAGAUACUGUAAGCAGGGAGUCAGUCAAAGCAACAAGCUCUAAACGAAAUGUAGAGACCAAAGCACAAAAAAAAAUUGAAACACAGGAAGAACUUGAACGGCGCCUUAAAAUAGAAGAGGAAGUCACUUUUGUUGGGUCUCAAAAAGCAAUUGCAUUUAUGCAACCCGAAGAAACUCGGGACGAAUUAUCAGACCUUCCUGAUGAUUUUUAUGAAUUGAGUAUAGAAGAAGUACGGAAAAUUUACCAUGAAUUGCAACAAAAGCGAAUUGAGUUUGAGAAUACACCACUUUUAACUUCAACAAAAAGAGAGGAACUCGAAAAGCAGGUAUCACAACAAAAAAUUAACACCUAUAAACAUGUUGUAGUACGGAUACAAUUUCCAGAUAAUAUUAUAUUGCAAGGGGUUUUUACACCUACUGAUACAAUAAGAGACGUUAACAAUUUUGUUAAGUUACAUUUACAAAAUCAAGAUAAAGAAUUUCAAAUAUUCACUACGCCCCUAAAGGAAAGUUUAGAUCCAGAUACAACUCUACUAGACGCUAAAUACGUCCCCUGUGUACAUAUGCAUUUUAGAUGGUUAGAAGAAAACUCCGGACAACCAUAUCUUAAAGAUGAUAUAUACUUAAAACAAACUUCAAGUGAUGCCGCUAGUAUUUUAGCAUCCAAAUACAGAGCACCUACAAGGCGAAAACUGGAAGAUACCCCAAGUUGUUCAAACAAUAAAACUUCCACAUCAAAAGAGAGUAAGUUACCAAAAUGGUUUAAAAAAUAGAGUCUUAACAACUUAUCUGCUACACCAAAAAGUUAACAACAUGUGAACAUUUAUCAAAUUUUGGAUUACAGGAAAUUUUCAAAUCUAGUUAUUAUUUAUUCAACAUUUAUAUAGUACAU